GUUUUGUUGUCUUUUCUUAAGCGUACUCAAAUAUGUUUAAUAAUGUAAUUUAAUCUAUACGCGCAGUAGCAGUUUGAUGAUCCUUACAGAGUUGUCGGUUUAUUUUAUAAACCUAUUUGAAGAGUUCAGACUGACUCGCAGAGUGACGAGAAUAUGCAUUUAACAUGGCGGAACUUGCGGAUUUGUUUGGCAGUGAUGCCGAAAGUGACGAAGGGAAAGGGUCUGUAGAAGGAUCACAAGCCAGUGGCUCACCAACCAGUCCUCAGUCUGUUUCUGGUUCAGAAAGAGAAACUGUCCAUUCUGGCUCUCCACCUGGUACUCCACAUGCUGCAAGUGGUAGUGCCUCCCCUGCACAAAGCGGUUCAGGUGAUGAGAGUCCACCUGGAAGUCCACAAGGCAGUGAUAAUGGAGACAGUGAUCAAGGAAGCCCAGCAAGAAGUCAUCAGGGUAGUGAAUCGAGAAGCCCUGAAGGUAGUCCCAAAGAAAGUCCACCAGCUAGUCCUGGGGCAGAGGGUAGUGAGAGAGGUAGUGAUAGUGACAUACAGACUCCUGCAGCAAGUCCCAUAGGGGGAAGUGACAAAGGUAGUCCAGCUGGUAGUGGUUCAGACAGAGGCAGCAACAGGAGAAGUAGAGCAGACAGUCUGGCUGGGAGUGAUCACAGCAGGGGCAGUCCAGCAAGGACACCAAGGAAAGAAGGCAGUGAUGGUGAAAGUCAGCAUGGGAGCCCAGCAGGCAGCAGUGAUGAAAGACACAGCAGACAGGACUCACAAGAUAGUGACAGAGGAAGCCAGGGUAGAAGAGAACGAAGAGAAAGUAGUCCAGCUCAUAGUGCAGCUUCUGGUAGUCGUUCUCCUUCUCCAGCCAGACGUAGAAAAAGUGGUAGUGAUGAUGAAAUAGUAGGAGGAGGAAAGAGCAGCGAUGAAGAAGGUAGUCACAGACGACGUCGCAGCAGUGGGAGUGGUAGUGAUUCUGGCAGUGACGUUGUGAGGAAAAAGAAAAGGCGUCUUACAAGCGAAAACGAAGAUGGAGAAAAAGCACCCAAUUCAGAUGAUGAAAAUGCUGAAGCAACUCUGGGAGGUCUGUUUGGUGAUGCAGAUGACAUCAGUUCUGAUGAGGAGAGGGGAGGGAAUGUUCAAAAGGGAGAUGACGAGAAUCAGUCAGCAAGAGUAUUGGAAGAUGGUGAAGAAGGCCAAGGGGAGACAGAGGAACCUCCACCUGAAACUAGAAUUGAAGUUGAGAUACCACGUAUUGUGACAGAUUUGGGCAGUAAUCUGCACUAUGUGAAGCUUCCCAAUUUUCUCAGUGUUGAAACUCGACCAUUUGAUCCAACAACCUAUGAGGAUGAAAUAGAGGAGGAUGAAGUACUGGAUGAAGAAGGGAGAGCAAGGACUAAACUGAAAGUAGAAAAUACAGUUAGGUGGCGCUCUGUAAAAGAUGAGGAAGGAAAUGAGGUUAAGGAUGAAUUUGACACACCCAUGAGGGAAAGCAAUGCCCGUAUUGUGAAAUGGUCUGAUGGAAGUAUGUCCCUUCAUCUUGGAGAUGAGGUUUUUGAUGUGUACACCAUGCCCCUGCAGGGCAAUUUCAACCAUCUCUUUGUUCGACAAGGAACUGGUUUACAAGGCCAGUCUGUUUUCAAGACCAAAUUGACUUUCAGGCCUCAUUCAACAGAUUCCUUCACCCAUCGCAAGAUGACUAUGUCUCUAGCUGAUCGUUCAACCAAAACUCAGAAAGUCAAGGUUCUUCCUAUACAUGGAGCAGAUCCAGAUGCCCACCGGUCGGAAAUGAUUAAGAAAGAGGAGGAGCGUUUGAGGGCGUCUAUUCGCCGUGAGAACCAGAAAAGACGACUGAGAGAGCGUGCUCAGGCUCGAGGUCUGAGUGCAUCUUACAUGGAGGGUGGAUAUGAUGAGGAGGAGGAAGAGGAGGAUGGCCUUACAUCUAUCUCUGCCAUCAAGAGGUCCUAUAAGCAGACACGAGACAAGAGACCCAUAUAUACCUCAGAGAGUGAUAUGUCUGAUGAAAGUGAUCGUGAGGAUAGCCACACCAAGCGCCUCACUAAAGCUAAGCGACUUGAUGAGAGUGAGGAGGAGUCUGACACAGAGAUCACAAAGAAGAAAAAGCCAGCAAGAGUGUUUGAUAGUGAAGAAGAGAGAGAACAUGAGGAGGUGAAAGACAAAGAGGAGGAGGGUAGUGGAAGUGACUAAGUGUCCCCAUAAGUGUUCAGCAGUGAAAAGAGAAGCUGAUGAGGGUUUGUCCUUGUAAGUGUGGAGCAGUGAAAGGAAAAGAAAGUGAAUGAGAUUGAGCAUAGGGAGCCAUGUGAUAAAAGAGACCUUAAGAUUUGAGUCAGUUGCGCAAAGCUUCAUGCACCACUGAAUGCCUUCAUGGGAAGAAUUAGGUGAGGAUCAUAGGCAAAGAUCUGUUGCUGAAUGAAACAAGCUGAUGCUUUGUGGCCAUUGACAUUUUAGGACUGCUGUCAGGUGUAGUUGGUCGUUUCUCAUGUGUUCUUUGAAAUGUGUGAACUGAUUCCUUUAAAAUUGCAAAUCUGUAGCCAACAGUACUAUCUGCUGUCAAGUUGUUCAAGUAAUUUCUUGUCCAACAUUCACAUAUUCAGUGAACUCCACAAAGUGAUAAUACAUACAGAGUGACAAGCGCCAUAUAAUUCAUGAUUUAGUCUAUGGCCCAUGUCUGAAUGCCAUCUGAAACGAUCAUUAUUGAAAGCAGGGAAACAAAAUUCAACUGCACAGAGGUGACAUUUGGACAAUGAUACGGGACUGUUAAACUGUUGAGGAAAACCUAUUGAGGUUUUGAACUGUGGUUAGCCCUCACAGAACUUCACAAAAAAAAAAGCAGCUCAGUGUGACUUCGAAUGAAUGACUUGUGAAAUAAAGAGUUCUUUAGUUUAAA